AUGUUGCCUCCAAGCCCUGCGCUAAACUUUGCAGUGGCUAUGGAUCCGCUGAGGAGGUAUCUCAGGGAGGAUGAUGCUGGUUUGCCCCUCACACCUCGAGGCUUAGAGGGCAUCGAGCGGCUGGAGAGGUUGAUGAAAAAGGCCAAAAGGCCACGUGUCCUUCCGUGCCCGAUGAGCACGCAGCGGCUUCAGGAUCUCGUUGUGAGCAGCUGGCGGAUUGUUGCAAGGCUGGCUUGGGGGGAGCGCGCUUGCAGAUGCGCCCACCUCAAGACAUGGUUGCCGUUGGCCUACCAUGCGGAGAGCUUGACGAUUCCGGCAGGCGCAGCAUGCGCAGCUGCGAUGCCGACGGAAGUUCCGCGUGCUGUUUGGGUCUAUCCCCGUGGUGAUGUACACCGAUCACGCGAAAGUUGUGCGACUGCAGGAUAA